CCCCGCUGCUUCUCGGGGCGCCGCAGAGCCCGCGCUUGCCUUCAUGGCCCCGCGGUGUGUCUGUCGUUGCAGCGGGCAUGGGGAACCAGGUGGAGAAGCUGACCCAUCUCAACUACAAGGAAGUUCCCACGGCCGACCCGACAGGUAUGGACAGAGAUGAAGGGCCCAGGAUCGGGGUCUCCUACAUCUUUUCAAAUGACGAUGAUGAGCUGGAACAGCAGCAGGAUUCGGUGCACGACCUGGGGGGUGAGCACCCUGCCUUGCAGCCCUACGAUCCCCAACUGCACGAGGUGGAGUGCUCAGUCUAUUACCGGGAUGAGUGUAUUUACCAGAAGAGCUUUUCCGAGGAGGACAUGCUGCCAGAGGAGGGUGACGAAGGAGGUGGGGGGCAUCUGAGCACCUACACCCCAGAGAACCUGCUGAAUAGAUGCAAACCGGGUGACCUGGUGGAGUUUGUGUGCCAGGCCCAGUAUCCGCACUGGGUGGUUUAUGUGGGGGAUUUUCAAGUUGUACACCUGCAUAGGCUGGAGGUGGUGAACAGCUUCCUCACCGAUGCCAGCCAGGGCAGACGGGGCCGCAUCGCCAACCAACUGUACCGCUACAAACCCCUCAGCCCGGCCGUGGUGGUGCGCAACGCCCUGGAGCAGGUGGGUUGCAAGGACCGGGACUUGAGCUGGAGAAACUCUGAGUGUUUCGCCGCCUGGUGCCGGUAUGGCAAGCGGGAGUUUAAAAUCGGCGGGGAGCUGCGCAUAGGCAAGCAGCCCUACCGAUUGCAGAUCCGUCUGGGUGACAAGCGCAGCCACACGCUGGAGUUUCAGAGCCUGGAGGAUCUGAUUAUGGAGAAGAGGAGAAAUGACCAGAUUGGUAGGGCUGCUGUGAUCCAGGAGCUUUCCAGCCACCUGCAGGCUGCAGAGGAGGAGGAAGAGGAGGAGGAAGACCAUCAUCGUCAUCCAGGUGCUCGGACUGCUGUGGAGUAGCAGCCUCAGCACCACCAUGCUGCUUAGCCUGGGUGAUGGGGAUUAAAACUGAAGGCUGCGAAAUUGAGCUGUUAUAAGCCCUUUGGGCCGCUUUGGUGCAGCUUCAUUCCAAUCACAUGUGAAAGGAAGGGGGAAAGCUGAUUAAGUGUCUGUGCUUUAGUGCUUAACUCCUUCAGUGCUUGAUGAUAAAACCACUGACUUAUUUGUAGAGGAUAAAACUCAGGGCAAUUCUACCCCUCUUCACUUCCACCUUUUUCCCUUCCUCUUCCUGCAUCGUCUUUCCCUCAACCAUCUGCCAGUAGGCCUGACCCUACAAGAUGCUAAAUGCCUCUGACAUCUACUUAGCAGCAGAAGUUAAGAGUAUUUAAUACUAUUAAGAAGGAGCCAGUAACUUCCAGGACAUGGUCGUAUAGCUCUGAGCUCAUGAUUAGUUUGGUAGCUGAGAAGCAUGAGGAUACUGUUUUCUGUUCUCUUCCCCUGUUUCUCUUCAGUUGUGGCUCCUGUUGGUAUUGCAACAAGCUGCUUGCCUUGUUGCAAGGCUUCAUGGACUGGUAGCCAGCCCCCUGGAAGGUGUAAGGUGUAAUUUUAAUGAAAUUAAAAUGAAGAUGUAAUUUUAAUGAAAAGAGUUUGAUGUCCCUGGUGCCUUCUUAAUUGAUAGGAACUUGCAGGUGGGCUGGGGGACCUCCUCUUUUGCUAUCAGUGUGUGGCUUUGAGGACUGAAGAUGUAUUUAUUGCUGACCGGUUCCAGGGAAGGGGGAAGUUUACAACCCUGAUUAAGGAGUCCACACAUUGGUGUGUGCUGGGACUCUUACAGACAGAUACUGAGCUAUGCCAGUGCUCCUUGCAAGCUGUCUGGUUUCCUCUAAAGCAAGUGGCAGAGCUCCCGAUUACAUCUGUGGUACACAUCAAGGCAGUAGAAGCAGGUUGCUCAUGUGCAAGAGUAUGUCUUGAGUAAGCUGUCCCUUGAGAGGGUGGCCUCUUGGCUGGAUGCUCCUGGCUGUGAGCAUGUCACAGGUUCUGCCCCACAGUAAACACGGCUGUAAUGGGAAGUGAUGGGAGGGAGCACAGGCAGGAAGGCAUCGCAGGCAGGGUGUUUUAGGGUGUUCCUUUUUUCCUUCCUUACCGCAGUCUCAUUAGGAAUUUCAUGUUUCCUUUUUUGCUAAUUUUUAUGGUAUUCAGCUGAGCUAUAGCAUUAGAGGAAGGGAGAGGACAUGCCUCCAAAGUUGUCAUGCAAGUCCCUCAUUAAACAGGAGGGGAGGGGGAGUGUGGUGCUGCUUAUCUUGAAUAUUCCCUGAACUUAUUUUCAGCUCUCAAACUGGUCUCCCACACAGGCAGCACUGUCUGAUCUUUGUUCUGGGAUCUGAAGUGUAUGAGCAAACACUGAUUUGGAGGCAGUUUCUAAUGCAAAAUUCCUUCCCAUUAAAGCACAAUAGUGAUGAGGUGAACUUGAAGAUAAGCUUGAGUUCACUUAAAUAAUGGAAACUAAGUGUGAUGUAAACUCGAAGCAUACUUAAUACAGUCUUCCCUGCAGUUGUUUACAGUUAUACCACAAAUAGCAAAGUACGCUGCGUCCUUUCCGCCCCUGAGACAGGAGUAAAGUUUGUUGUUUAAGAAUAGGUAGAUACCAGCUUUCGAUUAGUUAAGACUAGAUGAAGCAACUUUGCCAAUGUGAGCCAAAUUGAUUGAUUGUGGUGGUGUGUUUUCAGCCUAAAGUACACAAGCGAGGAAGAAUCUGUGAAAGACUACUUCAUCCUCGCUUCAGGAGGAAAAAUAACUUUUGGGGUUAUGCAAAUACACCAUAUACUAUUUCCUUAAUGACUCCCAUGUUCUCAUUUUGGGCUUUGAAAUACCCAAAUCCAAAGGAGAGUUUAACACCAAGCUCCUCUAGAAUGCUAUAGCUCAGGUGUCUGUGCUGUUUCUUUUUUUCUCUAAUAUGCAAUUGAAUUAUACUCAAGUUUCUGUGGUUGCCAAGCAGAUGUGCAACCUUGCUUUGAGAGCGUAAUAACUACCCGUACCUAACUCAUAGGGUUAAUAUGUGGAUGUCUGCACGCAGGUUUUAUACAGCAACUAGUAACUACUAAUGAAAUAGUCUGAAAAAGAGUGAAGGAGAGUCUCUCUGUUGUAUUGACUGAUACAAGACAACUGAAAUUAUCGAGACCACAAGUAAAUGUCUGGCUGUGGUUUCUUUCGUACUGAAACCUUGUAUAUAACAAAGUUUAUUUCACUGUGUAAUAUAGGUAUGUAAAAUAAUAUUUUCUUACAGAUAUUUUUGAAAGUUAAAAAAAAAAAAUCCCUUCAUAACCUUGCAUUUGAAAGUAAGUUGUUAUGCACAUUAUUUUCCAGUCUUCUGAAUGGGUUUAUUUUUCAUUAGUGAUCUAAAGUAUAUUCUACGUCAUAAAGUAUAGAAACUGCUAUAAAUGUCAAAUAUUAUGUAUCUACAGGGUACUAAACAGUAAACUAGUUGUGAAAAUAUUUUUCCCUUGUGUCUGAAACAUCAGAACUAUGACACUUAGCCAUUUCUCUCCUUCUGAGAUACGCUGCAUAGUCUGGCUUUGUUUUCUCCUCUUUUAUUCACUUUUUGUUUAAUAAAAACGGACCAAAUCUGCUUGGGAAUGGAAAGCAGAGCUUCUUUAACCAACUGAAAUUGUAUCUUGUGCUGAUCUUGGUGCUUCUCUGUACUGGCUAUGCCUUUAGGGAUAAAUUCCCACACAGGCAUAGGGCCUUAGCAAAGAACCCCAGAGCUUGCACUUGCCUUGCUAGGAUGGAGAGUGAAGGGGCGAGCUUGCCUCACAGCAAAGCAGAGUCUGGCAUGCAUUCUGUUGUGCUCUAAAACCUAUAUGCUCCUCUGACACCUGGGAUACAGGUGUUCAGUUUUUAAAACAGAGAUAUUUGGAAUCUUUAAAUUUCUCUGCAAGCUAUGUUUGGGGACUUAUUCUGUCUCCUGGCGUUCCAUUAUGUGUAAAAGUAGAAGAGAAGGGGAAGCCUG